AGCCUCGGCAGUACCGGUACCGGUACCCAGCGCCAUGCGCGGCUAAGAUGGCGACGUGAAGGGCGGACCCGCGAAGCCUCCAUCUCUCACGGUGAUUCAUCCUCCUAGCCCUGAGCGAGAUGGAGGACGGUCUUCUCUCCCUCAAGUGGAACAACCACAGAUCCACUUUUUUCCACAUCCUCAGUGAAGUCCGGGGAAAACACACGUACACGGAUGCGACGCUGGCGUGUGAGGGCAAGUUCUUCCCGGUGCACAAGCUGGUCAUGUCCACCUGCAGCGACUACUUCGCGGAGAUCUUUGAGAAGACGCCGUGCCGCAACCCCGUGGUGGUGCUGAAGGACAUCAAACGCACCGACCUGGAGGCCCUGCUGGACUACAUGUACAUCGGCGAGGUGGACGUGCGGCAGAGUGAGCUGGCCGGGCUCAUCAAGGCCGCUGAGUGCCUGCGCAUCAAGGGCCUGGCUGUGCCCGACGAGGACCCCACCAAGGCCCACCGCAAGGGCCCCCCAGUACCUGAGCCCCCCCACAGCCCCCCAGCCAAGCGGAAAAGACGGGACUCGGGGGGCAGGGGGGCCCCCUCUCCGCCCCCGCCCCGGGGGGCCUCCCAGUCUUCCUCCUCCCACGCCUCCGCCGCGGCGCCAGUGCCUAGUCAAGCGCCCCCCCCAUCCAGCGUACCUGAGUCACACGUGCCAUCCCAGCCCAUGCCCCCCCCAGCCGCCCCAGCACAGGAGGCGGGGCGGGCGCGCUCCGACCCCCUGUCCUCCGCCCACCUGCACCACCCCCAGUUAAGGGGGGCCCCCGAGGGCCUGCGCUCCCCGCCGGGGGACUCCCCCCACGGGGCGGGGGCGUCGCCCCGGGCCCCGGACCCGUCCAUGCUGCCGGUGCAGAUGAUCAAGGUGGAGGUGGACGAGGGUGGGGAGGGGGGCGGGGCGGGCCGGGAGUCCCACGGGGGGGAGCGGGAGGAGGGCAGCGAGAUGGAUGACAACGAGGAGGACGGCAGCAAUGAGUUCGACUUCGCCGCCAACCCCACGGAGAUAGAGAAGGAGGAGCACGAUCAGGUGGACGCCUACGCCGCCGACCAGUUGCCGGGGCCGUCGGGGCUGCAGGGGGGCCCCCCAGUGCUGGCGUGGGGCGAGGAGGGCGAGGGCGGCUUCCCCCACAACCUCUUCGGGGGUGACGACGCGGCGGCCCAGCAAGCGGUGGCGGCAGUGCUUACUCCGCAGGGCACCCUAAGAGGAGGAGGAGGAGGAGGAAGUAGAGGAGGAGGUACAGGUCUUAGAGGAGGAGGAGGAGGAGGAGGAGGAAGAACCUACAUCCAGACAAGUUACCUCAAUCUCCAUACCACUACUGACGAAGGAGGAGGAGGAGGAAGGAAAAGAGGAGGAAGAGGAAGAGCAGGAGGAGGAGGAGGAGGAGGUAGCAUACUAGGCCCAAACAUGAGUGAAGGAAGAAGAGGAGGAGGAGGAGGAGCAAGAAUAGGGAUAGGAGGAGGAGGAAUAGGAGAAGGAAUAGAAGAAUUAGAACCAGGACUCCCACCACCUAUUCCACUUUCUAACACAACCUUCCCACCCUCAUCCACCCCAUCAACCCACCCAUCCACCUCUCUGAAGCUCACAAAAUCCCCCACGGGUCACUACACAUGCCCAUACUGCGGCUACUCCUCCUAUGACAAGUGUAAGCUCAAGGUUCACCUCCGCAUUCACACCGGAGAGCUGCCCUACGCCUGCCCGCAUUGUUCCUAUAGGUCGACUCAGAGCGGCAAUGUGAAAAGCCAUAUUAGAAGAAUGCACACUGCUGGCUAUUAUGCUGGGGAUGGUGGUGGUGGUAGUGGUGGUGGGUGUUAGGUUAGGUUUGGUUAUGGUUAGGUUAGGUUAGGUUUGGUAUGGUAUGGUAUGGUAUGGUUAGGUUUGGUUUGGAUAUGGUUAGGUUUGGUUAGGUUUGGUUAGGUUAUGGUAUGAUAUGGUUAGGUUAGGUUUGGUUAUGGUAUGGUAUGGUUAGGUUAGGUUUGGUUAUGGUUAGGUUAUGGUAUGGUAUGGUAUGGUUAGGUUUGGUUAUGGUUAGGUUAGGUUAGGUUUGGUUUGGAUAGGAUAUGGUUAGGUUAGGUUAGGUUUGGUUUGGAUAUGGUUAGGUUAGGUUUGGUUAGGUUAGGUUUGGUCAUGGUAUGGUAUGGUUAGGUUAUGGUUUGGUUAGGUUUGGUUUGGAUAUGGUUAGGUUAGGUUGGGUUUGGUUUGGAUAUGGUUAGGUUGGGUUUGGUUAGGUUAGGUUAUGGUAUGGUUAGGUUUGGUAAGGUUAGGGUAGGUUUGGUUAUGGUUGUUUUGUUAUGUUUGGUUAUGGUUAGGUUAGGUUAGGUUAGCAUAAACUAAGUUAGGUUAGAUUAGGUUAGGUUAGUUAGUUAGUAAGUUGGUUAAGUAAGGAGUCAAUCAGUUAGUCAGUCGGUCAGUAAUUCAGUCAAGUUUGUCAAUUAGUCAGUAUAGGUUAGGUAAGUAGGUAGCUAGUUAAUCAGUUAGUACCUAUACAUACCCAAAUUAAGUUAAGUCAAUUAUUUCUCAUCUCAGCCUUAGAAGAAAAAGAGAGGCCUAUCCUUCACUAUCUUACGGUAGGUCUAAGAAGAGGAAACAAAGAAAGACCUAUUCCACAUUAUAUCUUUCUCCCUAUCUUACUAUCUUAGGGCAAUUUUACAUCAUACCUUCCAUUCCUUUCCCUUCUUUACGGGUCUGUACAUACCAACUGUAAAUAGAUAGAUAGGUAGAUAGAUAGAUAGAUAGAUAGAAGAUGAAGAUUAAUACGAAAGAGUGGCAGCGGUGGGAUACAGAGAGAGAGAGAGAGAGAGAGAGAGAGAGAGAGAGAGAGAGAGAGAGAGAGAGAGAGAGAGAGAGAGAGAGAGAGAGAGAUUGUUACACUGGUGGCAGCGGUGGGAUACAGAGAGAGAGAGAGAGAGAGAGAGAGAGAGAGAGAGAGAGAGAGAGAGAGAGAGAGAGAGAGAGAGAGAGAGAGAGAGAGAGAGAGAGAGAGAGAGAGAGAGAGAGAGAGAGAGAGAGAGAGAGAGAGAGAGAGAGAGAGAGAGAGAGAGAGAGAGAGAUAGCGAAUGAAGGAAAAAGAGAGAGAAGGUAGAGAGAGAAAAAAAAGAGUUGAAAAUAAAGGAGGAGAGAGAGAGAGAGAGAGAGAGAGAGAGAGAGAGAGAGAGAGAGAGAGAGAGAGAGAGAGAAUGGAAAUAAAGAUUGAUAUAGAGAUAGAAAAAAAUAAAAUGAAGAAUAUUACGAAAGAGAAACAGAGAAAGGAAAUUAGAAGACUAGAAAGAGAGAAAGAGAGAGGAGGAGAAAAAGGUUAAUUGAAAAAAAAGAGAAAGUAGAGAAAAAGAGUUGGAAAUGAAGGAGAGAGAGAGAGAGAGAGAGAGAGAGAGAGAGAGAGAGAGAGAGAGAGAGAGAGAGAGAGAGAGAGAGAAAGAGAGAGAGAGAGAAAAAAAGAGAAAA